AUGGAAGCUGAGAAAGAAGAAGGUGCAUUCACGCGACGAAUGCGGGAUAUGAGCGAAGAAGCGUUGGAAUCUGGAGGUCAUGGCGCCCUCAAGGCCGUGGAAGAGGCGGGAUUCAGUGCAGACCUCAAAGCACAACUCGAACAACGCAUCGCCUCCGCGAAUCUCAGAUCAUCCGAAGCAGUCCUGCCCGACUACGCCUCUCGCCACACACGCGACCUUGCCACAACCGAAGCCUGGACGGGCACCGAAUCUCUCCACGAUGCCAGUCUACGUAUGCUGAAUGAUGCUCACAAGCCGCUGCGACUUGGAAGACCACCGAAGAUGCCCGGCGUGCCGAUACCGCAGUCGAUUGAUACCGGACAUGCUCGGAGCAAAGAGGGCCAUGGCUUGAGAUUAGCCAAUGCACGCGACAGGAGUACCGUAUAUGCGACAAUCAAGGAAGACGAACACAUGGAGGCUGUAGACCGGGAGAAGCGGCUGCAAGAGCUCAAAGAUCGCUUUGAUCCGCAUGCGCGUGCGAUUGUCCCUGGGUCUAUCCAAGGACUUGCUUCUCUUGCGAAUAAGAGGAUCGAGGAUGCAAUUGCUCGUGGCCAGUUCAAGAACAUACCGCGCGGGAAGGCGGCCAACGUGGAGAGAGACUACAAUGCAUCGAGCCCCUUUAUCGACACGACCGAAUACUUCAUGAACAAGAUCAUACAAAAACAGGAGAUCGUGCCGCCAUGGAUCGAGAAGCAGCAAGAACUCACAUCAGCCGCAAGCAAGUUCAGGAGUCGUCUACGGGCGGAUUGGAAAAGGCAUGCUGCACGUGUGAUAGCUAGCAAAGGCGGGUCGCUGCUGGACCAAAUCAAGAGAGCUGAAGCAUUUGCUAAGGCAGAACUUAUUGCGAAUCCUUUGAAGAGGAAACAAGAGACGCUCACCGCCGUUGAUGAUGAUGGGCACAUGUCGCAGAUUACGUUGUCAGGGGGACUGAAGGUAAACCCAGCGGGUGAGGGACCGAAUGCGAAACCCGUGGUUACGGAAGAAGUUGUAGCGAAGAUGGUCACGCUUGAUGCCUCGCCAGAAGCUGUAGCGCAUGACCCAGGGUCAGCUACCGUAACAGAUACGGCUACCCAAACCAUGGAAGUACCUGUUCCUACUCCAGAGCCAGAAGUACCACCUGCGCCCUAUCCCUUCCGUGACCCAGAUUGGGAACGCAUUGAAGGUGGCUACUGGACCGUCGCUAUCAAGGACCUCAACGACAAGGCGCGCAGCUACAAUCUACAAGCACCCGAGCUGGCCAAAAGACCCUACUUCAACCUGCAGCGCGAGCUGAACUCGUGCUUCGCUGACGUCGCACCUCAGCUCGCUGGGGCUAUUCUUGAUCGCGCACGCAAACCACCCAAGAAAGUGGAUGGUUGGCAGAGCUCUGGCCAGAAGAGCGUGCUAGACAACAUCAUUGGAGGGCCAGUCCGUGUGCGAGACGAACGCCGCGAGAAACAAUACGGCUUCAGGCAGUUUUGGAAAGACCUGUGGGCCGACAAGUCAAGCAAUCCGUAUUGA